AUGUCUGAACCAGCUAUUCCAAACCCCACUUACGUUUCAGAAACUCUAUUAAAGAAGAGAAAGUUGAAUGAAAAGAACGCAGCUAUCAAAGCUCGGGAAAGAAUUGAAAAAAAAAAGUCUCAGAAAAAGCUCAGGAAACAGCAAUUCAAAAGAGCCGAUGAGUUCAUUCGCCAACACAUGUUGAACGAGAAGCAAGCACGAAGACUCAACGCCGUUUCUUCAGGAAAAAUGAAAGGAACAAAUAGCACUAAAAAGCCAAAGGAUGCUGGAGAGUUGCUAUUUGUCGCUCGUAUCAAAACACAAACUUCUAUUCAUCCCAAGAUCAAAAAAUUAUUGACUCAAUUCCGUUUGUUGAAGAUGAAUUCUGGUGUAUUUAUUGUAUGUAAAACUGAGAUAAUGAAGGAUCUGCGCAAAAUUGAACCAUUCGUCACUUAUGGCCGACCCACUUUAAAGACAGUGCGUGAUUUAAUUAUGAAACGAGGUGCAACAAUGAUCAAGGGAGUGAGAACACCUUUGUCUGAUAAUACAAUGAUUGAGGAACAGCUCGGCAAUGUGGGCGUCAUUUGCUUGGAGGAUAUUGUUCAUGAAAUCUGGAAUCACGAGAAUGAAGAGACAUUCAACACUGUCAAUAAGUUUUUAUUACCUUUCCAAUUAAACGACCCUGUGAGAGGUUGGAGACAGAAGAAAUUGAAGGAAAUCCUGAACAGAGAAGACGAUGAAGAAAAUGAAGCGGAGAGCAAGAGGGGCAGUGCCGAGCAAGAUGAUAUCAAUCAGCUGGUUGCUGAAAUGAAUUAG